AUCUUGCACCGGGUCAGAGAGGGAGGCCAAAAAUGUCAAAAGCAACACUCGGCCUAAUCGCCGCUGCCUCGGCCGCGACCGGAGCCGCCGCAGCGGCAAUCUACUGCUCCACCCUAAGCAAACAGAAGGCCGCACCACCCGCUAUCCCAACAACGAAAGGGAUUCCGGUAACCCCGGGCAGUGGUGUGCCACCGUUGAUAGGCGCUACAAACGCCUCGGUGAAGGCAGCACAGUCGCAGAGACCGGUUGAUCCUUCGGGGCUGUUCCAGUACGGGUUCCCCGGACCCGUGAAUGAUCUUGCAACGAGGGCGGCCCUGGUCUCGUCUUUCGACCGCAGGACGAGAAAUCCAAUUUGGGUCGCUGAGCACAUCACCCCCGAGUCUCUGGCUGCUAAAGAGGGGGAUCGGAAUCGGAGCAAGUUUGUGGAGGAUCAUGAUGGUAGGCCGCGUGAUUCGGGGAUGGGGGAGGAGGUGGAUGGCAGGACUGAUAAAGUGGGAGGGCAGUCCCGGAGAAGUUUAGAGCUAGAUUGAGUGAUUAUAGGGGAAGUGGGUAUGAUCGUGGGCACCAGGUAUCUCUCUAUAUCUGUAGAGGUCACUAGUGCCGUCUAAUUGUUACGCUUCAGGUCCCCGCCGCAGACGCAAAGUUCAGCCAGGAGGCCAUGGACGAUACUUUCUUCCUGACAAACAUGUGUCCGCAAGUCGGUGCGGGAUUCAACCGUGACUGUAAGACCCCGAACCCGCAUCUGCCUAUUUACCAUCCUGCAUGCAAACCUAAUGCAAACCAGACUGGGCCCAUUUUGAGGACUUCUGCCGUCGCCUAACCUCAAAAUACCCCUCCGUCCGAAUAGUGACCGGGCCCCUCUACCUCCCCCGCCGCGACUCGGACGGCAAGUACCACGUCUCCUACGAGGUCAUCGGUAACCCCCCUAAUGUGGCCGUCCCCACACACUUCUACAAAGUCAUCCUUGCGGAAGACGGUGUUGUUGGGGGAACCGUUGCUGUUGGAGCCUUUGUUCUGCCGAACGCUGUUAUCGAUAACAGCACAAAAUUGGAGGAGUUUUCGGUGCCGCUUAGCAUAGUGGAGAGGGCGUCGGGUGUGGAGUUCUUGACGAAGCUACCAGCGAAUCGGAGGAAGGAGCUGUGUAAGGAGAUCCAGUGCUCCAUUGUUGCGGGGGAAUUUGAUAAUGCUAGGAAAAAUGCUACUGGAGUGCCGGCCCCGGGGAGGGGGUAGAGGACCAAGUGGGUGGGUGGGUUGGGGCGGAUGGGCACAAUUAAUUACUUUUUCCCCAGGAGUGCCAAACCCAGAGGACAAAGUGAUACUGCUAUUACCAUGUCUAUUUCUCAAAGUGUUCCUAACGGGAUGGGAUAUAA